ACGCUACAUAUAUUAUAUAUUAUAUUAUAUUGACAUAUCUGUCAUCGGAUACGCUGCUCUCGAAUGAUAAAUUAUAUUUACUACGCUGAAAAUGACGCGCAUCCGAUUAGAGCAGAAAGAUAAAUCCGAACAAUCUACGCGCCGCCUAUAUACGCCUAUAUGCGUUGCGUAUGUAACGUAAUUAUCGGUAACUAGGAUGACAAAUCAGAGCACCGUUCCACCGUUGCUUGCAGACCGAAAUGGAAAGUUCCCUCCGCAUUUCGAGCGACUCCCGUCUCCGUACGACUUCCUCGUCGUCGCACCCCGGCGUCUGAACUUCGCCUCGUCUGAGCCCGUCGUCCAGCCCGAAAGCGUCGAGCUCCAGGGAAUUUGACAACGAGCAAGAAAGAUGUAAUUUACUUCUUCGUCCGCGGCGUUCACGUUCACGUGGGGGGGGGUGUGACACACGUGACACGAGUACGGCGAGCAUUCGUGCGUCCCCCCCAAUUGACGAUGGCCGUCGACAUGCCGGCGUUGUCGGAAGCGUAAAAGCGCGGCGCUCCGCCCGCCCCGAAGAUGCUGGUGGACGACUGCGGGACCGGGAUGGGGUGGACUACGGCUAGCGUGCGCGGGGGUUGGUCCACCCCGGCAGGAUGCAGAAAUUCAGCCAUGAGCUUCGGCGGCAGUGUGCCGUCCUUGCACCCGACCGGUUCGAUAAGAUCGCUCCGCUCCCAACACUCCAUGCAGGCUCCGCCCGAGACACCGCGAAGAUGCAUACAUUGUCAUCCGGUACAUGUCCCCAGCACCCCCAAUAAUUACAUGCAACAUCCCAUGCAGUAUUAUACGCCGACUCAUUGUAUGGAGGGUCAAAAUGGCACGUACACGCCACACCGUGGAAGUUCGUAUCACGGCGACACUCGUCUGCGUUACGUGGACGGCGAUGAAAUCAUAGGGGGUAACACGAACUGGGUCGAUCUGCGCAGUCUGCAUCGUUGCGUACCCGCCCCUCGUCGUACAGGGAUAGACGUCGCCGGUAUGCGGGCGCAUUUCUAUCCGGAGGGUGGCUGGGGCUGGCUCGUCUGCGCCGCCGGUUUUCUCGCCCUGUUGCUCACCACCGGGAUGCAGCUCGCCUUCGGAUUACUUCAUCUUUACGCCGCGCGACAUCUCGGUGAGGUCCAUUUGAUGGACAUAGUCUGGGCGGGGGCGUUGAGCGCCGCGAUCUCCCGUGGCUCGGCGCCGCUGGUCGUCGGCGCGUGUCGCCGUGGCAAUACAAGACUUACGGCGGUGAUCGGUGGCCUCGUGCUGGCUCUGGCAUCGCUCUUCACCUCGUUCGCCCUCCAGAUGCAUCAAGUGCUCCUUAGCUACGGACUGGUGCUGGGCACGGGGGCCGGUCUCGUGAGGGAAACCGCCAGUCUGGUAUUGGGCAAUUACUUCAGAAAGCGACGGGAGUUCGUCGAGAUGGUGGUCCAGGCUGGCACCGGCGUGGGAAUAGUGCUCUUCAGCGUCAUCUACAAAGAAGCGCUCGGGUAAGU